UAAGUCGACUUUGUAUGCGAGGCUGGACAGGUUAUAUGGAGGAGAGAAGAUCUAGAAGUCCGUAAAGAUCUAUGCUGCAGUGAUUUGGAGUAUCGAAGUUUGAAUUUCAUCGGUGUCUAAGUCGUUCUUCCAAUUUUUUGGUGGGAUUCACGGUUGACGAAUGGAAGACGUGGGUACGCAAGUCGCUUCCCCUAUUUUCUUUCACCAGGCUCUUACAGGUCGAUUCUGUGAAGCGCCUCCUCUGGCGAAGAAGCGUGAUCUGUCAUGGCAAAGCACUACUUUUAACCACCAAGCGCAGCAGCGGUUCAACUCACCUUCCCAACAGGUGAAGGGUGAUUGGAGCCCCAAGGUUUGGGACUGGGACAGUGCAAAUUUCAUUGCCAAGCCCUCGGAGGGCGAUGCUCUUCGUUUGGGGAAAUCUGUAGUUGCACUUGGAAAGAAGAAAAAUGGGGAUGAGCAAGUUUUGAAGAAGAGUACUGGUAAUGAAGAUGGUGAGAACCUAACGUUGAACCUUGGUGGUAGUCUAUAUUCAGUUGAUGAGACUGCAUCGAGACCCAAUAAACGAGUCCGAUCUGGUUCUCCUGGUGGCGGGAGCUACCCAAUGUGUCAAGUGGAUGAUUGUAGAGGAGAUCUGUCAAAUGCAAAGGAUUAUCACCGUCGACAUAAGGUAUGUGAGCUUCACAGCAAGACCACCAAAGCACUUGUGGGGAAGCAGAUGCAGAGGUUCUGCCAGCAGUGUAGCAGAUUUCACCCUCUUUCUGAAUUUGAUGAGGGUAAGAGAAGCUGUCGGCGUCGGCUUGCUGGGCACAACCGGAGGAGGAGGAAAACACAACCAGAGGAUGUUUCCCCACGGUUGAUGAUACCUGGAAGCAGGGAGAACACUGGUAGUGGGAACCUUGAUGUUGUCAAUUUGUUAACUAUUUUAACUUGUUUGCAAGGAAAUAAUAACGAUAAAAGUGCAAAUAGUCCUCCAAUACCCGACAAGGACAGGCUCAUCCAGAUUAUCAGCAAGAUUAAUAAUUCGCUACCUCUUGCUUCAAAUUCUGCUUCUCAGUCACCAUCAGGAAGUUUUGACCUAAAUGUUUCACAACAAGCUCCGUCAGACCACUCUAAUAAAAUUAAUGGCAGCACACCUGCUCCAUCAACCACAGAUUUGCUUACUGUUCUUUCAGCUGCGUUAGCGUCUUCUCCUGAUAGUCUUGGGAUUAGGUCUAAAAGAAGCAGCCAUGGCGGUGACGCUGACAAAGCCCAAUUAAACUCCUUUGACCAGGAUGCUAGUAUCACCUCACGGAAGGAAUUAACUGCAAAGUAUCCAUUGGUUGGAGGAGACAGGAGUAACAGUGACUUCCGGUCUCCAAUUGAAAUUUCAGAUUGCCAGAUUCAAGAAUCUCGACCAAGUUUGACGUUCCAGCUUUUUUGCUCCUCUACUGAGGGUGAUAGCCCACCGAAUUUGGAUUCUUCGAGGAAAUAUUUCUCCUCUGACAGCAGUAAUCCCAUGGAAGAGAGGUCACCAUCAUCAUCACCUGUUGUGCAAAAACUAUUUCCGCUGCAUACUCGAACAGAAAUUAUGAAACAUGAGAGGAUGUCAAUCAGUGGAGAAGACAAUGGUUCAAUUGAGGCCAGCACUACUCGUGGUUGGAGCUCUGCGCUGGAACUCUUUACAGGACCGCAUGGAAGAGUUGAAAAUGGUUCAGUUCAAAACCUCCCAUACCAAGCAGGCUACAGUUCUUCUUCUGGGUCUGAUCAGUCUCCUUCUAGUUCAAAUUCUGAUUCUCAGGAUCGUACUGGUCGGAUCAUUUUUAAAUUAUUUGGUAAAGAUCCUAGUGAUUUUCCUGGGUCACUACGUACACAGAUAUUUAAUUGGCUUUCUCACAGUCCAUCCGAAAUGGAGAGCUACAUUAGGCCUGGUUGUGUGCUUCUUUCGGUUUAUUUAUCAAUGCCUUAUAUUGCCUGGGAUCAACUACAGGAAGACCUUCUACAGCGUGUCAAUUCACUAAUACAGGAUCAAGAUUCUGAUUUCUGGAGGAGUGGAAGGUUUCUGGUUCAGUUGGACAGGCAGUUAGUAUCACAUAAAGAUGGAAAGGUCCAUCUAUGCAAAUCCUGGAGAAUGUGGAGUGCUCCCGAGCUAAUCUCUGUGACUCCAUUGGCUGUCGUGGGUGGGAAAGAGACAUCUCUUGUGUUGAAAGGUCGAAAUCUAACUGUUCCGGGCACCAAAAUCCAUUGCACCUUUAUGGGAGGAUACAUGUCGAAGGAAGUUUCUGGAUCGUCCUAUGAAGGCACAAUGUAUGACGACUCAAGCAUGGAAAGUUUUAAAUUUUUUGGAGGAUCUCCUGGUGUCCUGGGUCGCAUUUUCAUAGAGGUUGAGAAUGGUUUCAAAGGAAACUGUUUUCCUGUUAUAAUUGCUGAUGAAACCAUCUGUCAAGAACUAAAAGUCCUUGAAUCUGAAUUGGAGGCAGAUACUAGAAUGGCUUGUGUUUCAGAAGAUCAUCUUCAGGAUUUUGGGCAGCGGAGAUCUAGGGAGGACAUUCUGCACUUCCUUAAUGAACUUGGAUGGGUUUUUCAGGGGAUGAGCACUCCUUUGAGGUCUGAAUGUCUCGGUUCCUCACAUGUGCGGUUCAAAUAUCUCCUCACCUUCUCAGUUGAUAGGGACUGGUGUGCUGUGAUUAAGACUCUCCUGGACAUCAUUGUGGAGAAAAACUCAGGGAAGGAUGAACUGUCAAGGGAGUGCAUGGAGGCACUCUCAGAGAUUCACCUCUUAAACAGGGCAGUGAAGAGGAAGUGUCGGAACAUGGUUGAAUUGCUUGUCCACUAUUCUUUCAUGAGCAGUAAUGGCACCAAAAAAUACAUCUUCCCCCCAAAUUUGGCUGGACUAAGUGGUGUCACGCCUUUGCAUUUGGCUGCUUCAAUGGAAGAUUCAGAGGAGUUGGUUGAUGCUUUGACAAACGACCCCCAAAAGAUUGGAUUGAGCUGCUGGGCCUCACUGUUGGAUGCAAGUGGACAGUCUCCAUAUGCAUAUGCAUCGAUGAGGUACAACCACUCGUACAACAGGCUGGUUGCUCGUAAGCUUGUUGACAGAAAACAUGGUCAGGUCACUAUAGUGGUUGGGGAUGAGAUGUCCUUAGAUCAGUCAUGGAUAAUAGCCGAGCAGUCUGAGAGACGAGGGAUCCAGUCAUUGCAAAGGCGGCAGUCUUGUACUAGAUGUUCAGUUUUGGAGACCAGAUACAAGAAGCGAAUGGCAGGUGCGCAAGGGUUGCUUCAGCGGCCCUAUAUCCAUUCAAUGCUGGCAAUUGCCACUGUCUGUGUUUGUGUGUGUGUCUUCUUCAGAUGCCUCCCUGUUAUUGGGUCUGUUGCUCCUUUCAAGUGGGAGAAUUUGCAAUAUGGUUCAAGUUAGAUUGCUGACCAGGAGGAGGAGAUAAUAAAGCUUGGCAAAUCUAUUAACGGGAAAAGAGACCAGGGGGGCCCAGGAGAGGAGAUGGGGAGUGGGGUGUUUGUUAUGUUUCAGAUUCUGCGUGCUUCUCACCCAUCUUGAAUGUGUUCUUUUGGGUCUAAGUUACUUUUGGCCUAUUUGUGUAGAUAGGUGG